UGUGCUUUGUGCAAAUUGAAAUAGGAACAAUUGACUUGCUCACAUGAUUCAUGCACAUUGGAUCAUCGAUUGACCCUGAAGUCGACGGCUGCAAAUGUGACUGUGUUUAAAUGGAGCACCUCAGCAUGGUUUGGGAAAAGAGAAAAAGCACCAUCGUCCCCACCAAAGCAAAUGAAUGAACAGUUUCCAUCGGGGUGGUUCUAUAUUCAAUCUUCCACACAUCACCACCAAUGUCUAACCGCCGUUACUUUGUCUGUGGAGAAAGAGGCGAGGAUCGAGUUACGGCCAUUUCUGGCCAAGGAUCCGCGUCAGUUGUGGACUUACGAUGAUGGAUUUUUGGUGAACAAAUAUUCGGCAUACGUCAUGUCGGUCAAGAACGCUGGUCGUAAGAAUGAAUGUAUAUUCCAACAAAAACGGUUUUCAGAUAACACCAAAAAGACGGUGUCUGAAGCCAAAGAGCGGAGACACUGGGAGUACGCCAAUGGUGCUUUAUAUUUGAAAGCGUAUCCUGGAUUUUGUAUGAGUGAACAGGAUGUGCCAAGGCUGGUAGAAAGAGAAGAGAACUAUGGAUGGCGAUGUAUAAGUGUACUGACACAAACGAUGAGGGAUAUCAGUUUGGAUGAUCGAACAGCGUGACAGCUGUGUGAUUUGCAUUCCAAAAACAGGCUCCGUCCGACUCACUGACUCUGUCAUGCUGAAAAGAGAUCUGAUAUUUUUGUUUUUCGUUUGCCCUUUGUAUUUCGGGUUUCAUUCAUUGCACUAUGCAUACAGUAGUAACUUUUUCAUGCCGUUCAAUGUAUUGCACUGUUCAUCCAACUUGCGCCUGUAAAAACAUCACUAAAAAAACCCAUCCCUAGUUAGAUCGCAUUAUUUUUUGAAUGUGAAUAUUUGGAAAACUUGACGAAAAAAAAAAAGCUUAAUUCCCUGAUUUUUUUUUCCACCUUCAUCAUUUAUCCUUU